AUGGCGCCCAAGAGAUUCGCGGCCGAAAAGGCGGACCCAUCGCCGCUCGCACAACCGCUCAAGUUCGACAUCAGCGGCAAGACGGCCAAGAACAGGUUUAUGAAGGCGGCAAUGACGGAGCGGCUGUCAUCGUGGGAUCCCAAAGUACUGGAAAAGCGUGGCGUUCCGUCAAAGGAGCUCGUCAACGUGUAUCGGAGAUGGGGCGAGGGCGGCUACGGCGUCAUCCUCACGGGAAACGUCAUGAUCGAGUACGACCAGCUUGAAGCUGCCGGCAAUGCUAUCGUCCCCCGCGACGCCCCCUUUUCCGGGGAGCGUUUCGACGCCUUCAAGGACCUGGCGACGGCUGCCAAGAAGCACGGCAGUCUCAUGGUGGCCCAAGUCAGCCAUCCUGGACGCCAAGUGACGGACCGAAUCCAAAAGAACCCAAUCUCAGCGAGCGAUGUGAGGCUGGAAAAAGAAAUGAUGGGAAUGCAGUUCGCCAAGCCGCGACCGAUGGAGAAGAAAGACUUCGAAAAUGUUAUCGAAGGCUUUGCUCAUGCGGCCGAGUACCUGCACAAGGCGGGAUUUGAUGGAGUCGAGCUUCACGCAGCCCAUGUUCGCAGCGGCUAUUUGUUGUCCCAGUUCCUCUCGCCUACGACCAACAAGCGGACGGAUCAAUACGGCGGCUCGGUCCUCAAUCGGUCCAGAAUCAUCAUCGAGAUCAUCAAGGCCAUCCGGGAACGCGUAGCCGACAAGUCGUUCAUCGUAGGCAUCAAGGUCAACAGCGUCGAGUUCCAAAGCGGCGGGUUCACCCCCGAGGAUUGCAAGACUCUCUGCGCGGAGCUGGAGAAGAACGAAUUUGACUUUGUGGAGCUGUCCGGCGGCACCUACCAAGAAUUUGUCAUGAAGCAUCAGCGCGAGUCGACCCGGAAGCGCGAGGCCUUCUUCCUCGAGUUUGCCGACAUCGUGAUUCCGGAGCUGAAAAAGACAAAAGCCUACGUCACUGGCGGCUUCAGGACGACCAAGGGCAUGAAGUUGCUCGACAGCAAGGUCGACAGCGCAAUCGAGACUCUGUUUGACGAGGAAAACUUUGGCAUGAUGGCUGUGGUGGCCGGAACACAAAUCCGUGCCGUGGGCCAGGGAAGGGAGCCACUCGACUUUAGCAGAGAAGACCACAAGAAGAUCUUCGAAGCGUCCAUGCAGAAAUGGGGCCAGACCAUGGCGGCGGACAAAGAGGGCUCAAGGUACGGAUAUGUUGACAUUGAGGGUCUGAAGCUGGAGCCAUUCGGCGUCCCGUACGCAGCGGCAUCGCUUUAG